AUGGUCGCCGAGGACGCCGAGGACUUUUUCAUCGACGGUAACGCAAACUUCGACUUAUCAGUCGAUGAUGGAGCUCAAGCCCGCCAAUUCUUCCUCUCCCGUAAUGACUACUUUGCCGAGUGGCCUACGGAGUUUAAUGAGAUCAUCGUGAGCUGCAAACAUGGCUUUCGCAAAUGGCCGAUCCUUUAUCUGCCCCCUGAAACACUUGUUUGGAAGCAAGACUUUAAAGUCACAUUGAUUGUGCUGGCGGAGAAACUCCAGGAACAUGGUACCGGCCCAAGUUUAGACAGUGCCGUUGAGGAGUACGAGAAGGAUAUGUUUAAACGCGGGCGAGAUUUGAUUGAACGUAGUAUGGGGUCCGGUGAGCUCUUGUUUGCGAAUGACGCACCAAACACUCUUGAACACUCUUGUCCAGGUCAGUAA